AUGGGGCGCGCCGGUAAAACACCAGCGGGCCAUGGAAAUGGAAAGGAGAAGGAGAAGGAAAUUGACAAAACCAGCAGCGAUGGAAAUAGCAAUGUGCUUAGGUCGUCCGCCACUGGUACCACCUUUCUCAUCAUCAUUCAAUUGGCGUCGAGAAUCUUUACCUUCGCCUCCAACCAGCUGAUAUUGCGAACAUUAUCGCCUAUCGUUCUGGGCAUAGCCGCUCAACUUGAGCUCUUCCAAGUGACCAUUCUCUAUUUCUCUAGAGAAAGCAUCCGGAUGGCCAUUCAAAGACAGCCCUUGGAAUCCAGCCCAUCUUCUACAAGCACGAGCACCGACGGCAAAGAGAAAGGUAAUCGAGACACAGAUGAAAAGCAAUCACUCGCCUCUCAAUCUGUUGUCAAUGUGUCUUAUCUGAGCUUGUUUCUUGGGGUGAUUUUUACGACCGGAUUGACAUGGUUUUACAAACAUUUCGCUCCCGAUCAGGCGAACGCUACCCCCUUUUUCAACCAAAGUGUGACGGUGACGGGUCUCGCUUCUCUGCUAGAAUUGACCAUUGAACCAUUCUUUGCGGUCGUUCAGCAACGUAUGUGGUAUGAGAAACGGGCCGCAGUUGAACUGCCCGCGGCCUUCUUGAAGAGUCUUGUGACUUGCUCUACCUUUUUUUACGCCGCUCGUCAAGGCCAUGAUGUUGGUCCUUUGCCCUUUGCCCUUGGGUAUAUGGCCUACUCUCUCGCCCUCAUUUUUGGGUACUACUACUCGUUGCUGUGGACUCCAUUUACACGGCAAUUCUCGUUUCUUCUUUCAUGGAUAAGACCUAGCAACAAUUCAGAAUAUAUCUCAGACCUAUUCUCCCGCCGGCUCACCUUUUUAGCAGCAACUCUGUUUUUCCAAUCAUUGGUCAAACACCUCCUCACUCAAGGCGACUCAAUGAUGUUAGCUGCAAUGUCCAGCCUAGAAGAUCAAGGGAUUUACUCUCUAGCAUCCAACUACGGCGGCCUCAUUGCACGCAUUAUCUUCCAACCACUAGAAGAAAGCAGUAGGAACCUAUUUUCUGCACUGCUGAGUCAAGAUGGACCGGGCAACCGAACCGAUGUCCAACUCCGCACUGCAAAGGGUCAACUUGUUACCAUUCUACGAGCCUACCAACUUCUCUCGGCCCUCGUCUUACCAAUUGGACCCAUCAUGGUUCCGACGGUCCUCGCCAUCCUUGGAGGUCGGCAAUGGGCUUCGCCGAAAGUAGCCGACUUGCUAUCGCUGUAUUGUUAUUAUAUUCCGUUCCUGGCAUUCAACGGCAUCACGGAAGCGUUUGUGUCUUCUGCGGCCAAUCCAUCCGAGAUUCGAAAACAGACUGGCUGGAUGGGUGCUUUCUCUGCAUGCUAUGCACUGGCUGCUUAUCUCUUUCUGGAGGUCGGGUCCCUGGGUGCAUACGGGCUUGUACUGGCCAAUAUCGUGAACAUGGCUGUCCGAACAUUAUGGAGCUACAGUUUCAUUCGAGGCUUUUUCCGCAAAAACAGGAGCAGUCUGGGUAUUAGUGAGAUCAGUAUGAAGCCUGCGGCUUAUGUCCUUUCUGCAGUGGCUACGGUAGCGAGUCAAAUGCUGCCGAGUCUGCAUGCGAACAUCAUUCCGGCAAUUGCGUUUAGCGGUGUCUACGGACUUCUAAUGUAA